AUGCCGACAAAUUUCCUGGGGCGAGGGCCCGGCGGCCCCGCCCUCGGCGCGCACCCGGCGGCGGCCACGGGCCUGGGCAGCAGGCGGCCUUUCUCCUUCUCCCGCGUCGUCCUGUCCGCCCUCGUCGAGGGCCCGGCGCCCGCAGACCUGGAGGACUUCGCGGCCCCCGAGGCGGCCGCCUGCGCCAUCUGCCAGCGCGAGUUCCGGGACCCGGUGCGCGCCGACUGCGGCCACCGCUUCUGCCGGGCGUGCGUGGUGCAGUUCUGGGCCGAUGAGGACGGGCCCUUCCCGUGCCCCGAGUGCGCCGACGACUCCUGGCAGCGCGCCGUGGAGCCCAACCGCCCGGCGCUCAGCCACCGCCUGCUGGCGCUCGAGGUGGCCGCCGCGGGGCCCGCGCGCGACGCGCAGGCCAGCGAGGCCGCGCUGCAGCUGCUGUGCUGGGCCGACGAGGCGCCCCUCUGCAAGGCCUGCCGCAUGGCCGCCGAGCCCGAGCAGCCCGAGUGGACGCCCCGCUGGAGGAAGGCCAUGCGCGGCAAGGAGAACAAGGGCUCCGUGGAGGUCAUGAAAAAAGACCUGAACGAUGCGCGGGACCUGCACGGCCAGGCGGAGUCGGCGGCUGCUGUGUGGAAGGGGCAUGUGAUGGAUCGGAGAAAGAAGGCCCUGGCUGACUAUAGGAAGCUGCGCGCCUUUUUUGCCGAGGAGGAAGAGCAUUUCCUGCAGGAGGCUGCCAAAGAGGAGGAGGCCCCAGAGAAUGAAGAUGCUGAUCUGACUGAGAGGUUCACAUCCCUGCUGCAGGCUGUCUCGGAGCUGGAGAAGAAGCACCGCAACCUGGGACUCAGCAUGCUGCUGCAGUGAUGGAGCUGGCCCAGCUGGGGGAUCUCUCCUGGAAUGUGAGGCUAAGAAAGUCUAUCCUACACCCUGGCUCGCAGGUCUACACCUCCCCUGCCUCGAGGCUCCCCCUGACCACCCGGUGUCUUCAUCCCAAGUCUCUGUUGGUCUGAACCAUUACUUUGUAGACGUGGGGGAGGGAUCUGUAGAUGCUACUGCUGCUGGUUGCUCAAGAUAGUAUAUUUCAACAACAUGUAUGUUUCCCCUUUUCUUUGAGGUGUUACUCUUGUUGAAGCUAGACACAUUUUUAUAGUGGAGGCUUGUAAUGGGGGAAACUAACCCCUUGUAUUCCAUCUCCUCACAUACAUAACUCUUGUUGCUAAUGAGGCUUUCAUCAGAAGUUCGCCUGGAGUCCCAGCCACCCAUGGUGACUGCCAGGCCAGGAGAUGGUCUAGACUGUUGGGUUUCGCUGUCCAGGCACCAAAUCCUGCAUCUUUUACAUGGUGUUAAAGACAGGAUUGAUCUACUGCAUAUUCCUACCCUUGGCCCAGACACCACUCAACUGAUACAGCAGGCACAUCCACUAAGGAAAGAGAAUUGAAAAAGGUCCUCAUGAUGCCUGGGUGGGGAAGGAUGAGCACUCGAGCUCCCACAUAGUAAUGGGCCCUUGCUCUGGAGGCUUCAGCCUUUUAACACUGUCCCUGGCUCCCAGUCCCCCCAGCAGCAUAUACUUCCCUCCCACAUAAAAUCUGCCAUAGCACAAAGCCCCCAGAAACAUCUCCAUAAUUGUCACCUGGGUCACGACAUGACAUGGACCCACCUUGGGGUGGCAGCAGGAAGCUCGGGUUUCUCCUCUGGAAGCUUCUGCCAGGGCUCUGCCUCAUAUUUAUCUUUUUGUGAGUGGAACCCAACGUUUCAGGAAAAUAAAGCUGUAGUAUUUUUGGCCCCUCAUAGAGGGAUCCAUCUCUUUGGGUCUGCCAAUGGGGAACGGUGCAGGUCCCAGUGCUCUCUCCCUUGUACCUCUUUCUCUUUGCUACCUCCCAGUUUUUCCGUGUGUCAUUCCUGCUUGACUUGUACUUCUCAUUCCUUGUCUUCGCUGUCUGUCCCUUGGCUGCUGUCGGAACCUUCUAUCAAGUUAUCUUCUACGUGCUCGGGGAGCCCCAUUCCGCCUCAUGCCAAAUGGAGCAUUUUCCUGUUUUGCCUGGAUGUCUGAACGCUGGUCCUCGUUGGACAUCAGUUUCUAUACCACGACAGCUCUGAGGGGCUUGGGGCGUCUCCAGGCCUCCCCGAGGCAUUUGAUCUCACUGCAUCUGUUGCUUUGUAUUUUUUCUGAUGUAUUUAUUUAUCAAAAUCUGUGACUUAGUUGUAGUGCAGGUGUCUGUGGUUUCCUUGUGUGUAGAUUAGACAAAAAUGCAGCACAACGUAGACCCAAAUGAGAGGUCUGAGAAUGUCGAUGCAGACAAACACUUAGAAUUGUUUAGGUCGAGUGUUUGAAUUCCAGCCUUGCUGUAGGACACGGUGUCGCUGUCAACGUAGAGAGACCUCAGCAUGCUCGCUUGGACAGGUGAGUGUUGUCAUCGUGACGUCCUCAUGAGGCCUCGUUCAGCAGGAAGCAGGCGACACUGCCAUCUUUCUUGCUCUGGCAGCGGACAGACUCAGAUGUGAUGGUUUCAAGAGUCUGGCUGAGGACAUUCACACCACCACGUCUCGAUUUGGGUGGGUAUGACGAUUUCCAAGGAGCAUGAUUCUGUGUAAUUGCGAACACUCCAAGCUAAGCUGUAGCAGUGACAAGUGCAUUAUGAAUAUUGCUGUGAGAAUGGUUGGGUCAAUGGUAGCUACUAGUGAUUUUCCAGUAGAGCGUGAUUGCAGGGCUGUGGGUUGAAUAUGCAGUAUUGGCACUGAAAGCCUGUUAGACAUGUGACAUGUCCCAGUAAAAUGCCAGCGGGGAAAGUGUGGCGGGCAAGUGCCAAGGCGAGACUGAACCUGUGUGCACGUGGCGGGAGCGGGUGGUGAGGCAUGUGUGGGGCUAAGCUGACAUCAGCAGGCAAAUCGAAGCCACAGAACAGUCCAUUGGGGACACGACUCUGAGCAUGGAUCAUGCUAAAGAACUUUGUGCUCUUUGUGGUCUUGGUAACAAACGAGCUGCUGUGGAUGGGGGCCCAUUACGUAUGAUGUUUCCAGCUCCUGUGAUUAGUGGCAUUUAACUCGUGAGCUCAAGGAGCAUGGCAUUAUCCUGAUUGCCUGGCACACGGGCAGAUGUUCACACGGUGGCCAAUAAAGUGGAGCUUGCUUCAGCC